UAGAAGUAGAGGGAGAAGGAGAAGAAGGAGAAGAGAGAGAGAGAGAGAGAGAGAGAGAGAGGAGGAGGAGGAGAGAAAGGAAGGAAGAGAAGCAAGGGGUUUCGAGCGAGGGGACAUGCUCCCCUCUCCUAAAGUGUAGAAAUAAUAAGAAGAAGAAUUUAAAAUCCUUGGGAAGGUUGAAUGAGCAAUUAAGUGUGGAGAACCUUGCAAGAAUUUUGAAAUUCUAGUAUGCAGAAAAAUAAAGGCAUGGAGCACAGAUCAGCCUUUAAAAUCUCGUAGUCCUAGCCAUCCUAGUGAAAUUGAAGUGACUUGCACUUUCAUCCUUGUUACUCCAGUAACUUUUAAGUACAUGGACUCCAUGGCACAACAUUGCUAUCAGAUAAAGCAUCUAGGGCAUCAAUUGGUAGAUCAAGACUCAUCAUCUACUCAGUCAACUGUUCAAUCCCAUCGAGAAGUGUCUGCAGCUAGAAAAGAUGGUCUGCAGCAAUCUGUUUCAUCAGACUCUGGUAACGAUAAUACCUACAAGCAGGUUGAAGGUUCUGUAUCAGGUUUAUCUUUGGGAAAUUCAGGAGUUCUCUUCUCAUCUCCAAAGCUCGAUUACAGCCAGUCUAUUGCCUGCCUUCCAUACCCUUAUGCAGAUCCAUACUAUGGACAUGUUCUGGCUUCUUAUGGAUCACAUGCAAUUAUACAUCCACAAGUGGCAGGUAUGACUUCUCGUGUACCACUACCUCUGGAACCAGCAGCUGAUGAACCGAUUUACGUGAAUGCAAAACAAUAUCAUGGAAUCCUACGCCGCCGACAGCUGCGUGCUAAACUGGAGGCUCAAAACAAACUAGUGAAAGCUCGGAAGCCAUAUCUUCAUGAGUCUCGGCAUCUACAUGCUCUCAAGAGAGCAAGGGGAACAGGCGGCCGGUUCCUCAACACGAAGAAAUCUGAGCAGACCUCACAACCAAACAAUGCAGCUGACAGACAGAACAUAUCGAGCUCUGUUGUGCAACCUGCAGGCAGAAAUACCCUGGAAUCUGAGAUCCUUUUGUCGGAUAUGAACUCGAUGAACACUGCCAGCUCCGACAUCACAACCAUUUCAAAUGGUGGAACUCUUCCUCACCAGAGUCAUCUCGCAUUCUCCUCUGAUUUCAUGCAAGGUGCUGCUGGUGGUAUGAUCCAUAACGGAACCCGUAACCGGGUUCCGGUUAUGCGGUGAAAUGAAACUUGGGGGAAAUGGCUUGAAAGUGGCUGUCAUGCCACUGUCCUGCUGCUGCUUCCUCUUGGGCAAUUCAUCCUUGGCUUCGAUCUUUCUCGUCUAUGUUUCAAUCUUUCGUAGUUACUUCAAAAUGACUGUUAGGUGAAAACACUGUUUUAAGUUGGAGGAGCUGUGAGAGCUUCUCUUCUACUGAAGUUAACUAUGAAUGGUUAAAACUUAAAGAUAACUUUCAUGCUUUGCUUACUUUA